UCUUUUCUUCAUUCGAGAAAAAUGCUGGAAUCCAAGGGCUGUGUGUCAGUGUUGAUAAUUUAGAGCAAUGCAACUAAAUACUUUACAGUUUAAACCUUAGUUACAAAGAAAGGAAUUCAAAUGGUUCUUGAAAACUAAACCUUGAUUGGUUUUAAACUUAAUUUCUGUUCUUUCAAGCCACGAAUGUUGAAUUCAAGGACUGUGUGUCAGUGUUGAUAACGUGAGGAAAGGAAAUCUGAAUUAACUUUUCACCAAACUUUAAAAAGUUUUAGUCUACUAGUCGUCUCGCUAGUCUUGGACUAGUGAUGUCUCUGUGUAAUUUAAUUACUAAAAUGUAACCCUCCCUUUCGUUGGGCGAUACGAUACUAGGUAUCGUUGUAAUUUUAAAUCGUGUUUUUUUUUUAUUCAAAUCCAUCAGCUUUAGUUCAAAUUUUAAAAGGAUAUGGAAAAAGUCUUUCAACUUCCCGUACGAUCAAACCCGAUUCGGUAAUUUAAAAAGAUGGCACAGAGACAUAACUAGUCCUAUUUUUGCAAUUUUACAGAAAGCAAUAUUUCUUAGUCGAAAAUAGGAAUAAUGUUUGGAAUUUCACUUUUGCCAUGUGCUGAAAGCAAUUUUCCUUUCUUAACCUCUUCCCCUGCUCUUUUUCGCUUCGCUCUCAUCAAACAAAAAACUUCUCAAACAAUCAGCCUUACGUGGAAAAGUAAUAAUAAACCAAAUUAUUUGUCACGAGAAAUUUUGGAAUCCCCUCAAAAGAAGGGCUGUAAAGCUCCUGCUGCUGUCAAGAAGGUGCAGAGAAAGAAGAAACGAAAGAUUGGCAUUCCAAGUGCCCUGGCUGACACAAUAGAGCUUGUUUCGUCUGAAGAGCUGAUGACGGAAUCCAGUCCAAGUCCUGAAGUGAUGGUUGACGUCAAGAAUCCAGAUCCAGUACAGCCCCAAACACGAAAUUCACAGUGGAAGAUGAAAAUUUGCCUUUCAGGCAAUGUCAAGGUCUCCGAUGACGACCAGGAGAGCGACUCCAAAGAAGGACCGAGACGCAGCACAAGAAUACGCGUCAAACCGGUUGCUCUGCGAGACGAGCCUGAAGAGGAGCUGGUUGAACCUAAACAAAUCUCAAAGAAAAAACGUAAAAAAGGAGAAAUGAAGGGAAAAGCCAACAGUGAGGAUGAAUUGGUGAUCCUUUCUGAAGAUAUCGCUCCGAUUUUCCUCAAGAAAAAGUGGGAAGAGGAAGCGCGAGCUGUGAAAAAAGCAAAGCAAGAGUUCCUGUUUAGUGGCGUUCCAGAGGUGCUGAAGCAGCAAACCGCUGCAUUGGCAGCCCUUGAGCAGCGCCCAGUUGAGAUUUUCCCCAAAAUUAGUCACGUAACACAGGCCGGCUCUCAGCCGUGGCGACUUCCCUAUCCCGAAUCGCUUGUGUUGCGGAAAAGCCUUCCACAUUCGAAGAAGAUCAAUCGACCCACAACUUUUGCAUCGAGCUUGAACUCGAAUCCUGGUAGUAUCAACUCGGCUUGCAAUCGAUCGAUAUCCCCCAAACAAGCAUCUUAUCUCGAGUGGCGUUUUUGUAAAGAGUGGAUCACUCGGAUGAAAGAAGACCAUUCUCUAUCCUUUCCUUUCUUCCGAACUCUCCGAACUUUGCUUCCCAGAGCAAACAUGGAAAGGGAUGGCGACAGAGACUUGCCGUGGACAGAUGCCUACGCUCCCAAGCAAUCGGCUGACAUCUUAGCCAAUAACCGCAUGUCCUCCCAACAGUUGAAGAAUUGGUUAAAUCAGUGGAAACUAAGAGCAGGCGAGGAAGUCGCUGCUCCGCCCAAGAAAGUCUCGAAAAAGGUUGGAAAGAGGAAGAGGAUAGAGUCGGACUGCACGGACUCGGAGGAUGCCGUCGUUGAUGAAAAAUCGAAUUCAAGUUGGAACCCAGAAGAAGAGGAACUCUGUAAUUGUGUUCUCUUGGUGGGACCUGCCGGUUGCGGGAAGACGGCCACCGUUUACGCCUUGGCUGAAGAGUUGGGGUACAACGUUUUGGAAGUCAAUGCAUCCUCGAGGAGAAACGGCAAGACUCUUCUUUCACACCUUCACGAGGCUACCCAGUCACACUCGCUUAACAAUAACAGCAAUGCCGUCAGUAGCAGUAUGGGCAAAAUGUUUUUCGGUGGCGCUAAAGCUGCACCCAAACCUGCCCGCACAGAAAUUAAAACGGCCUUAUCUCUCGUACUUUUCGAAGAUGUUGAUAUUGUUUUCGAAAUGGAAGAUGAAUCUUUCUACAACGCUUUGACUACAUUGAUCCAGACCAGCAAGCGGCCCAUUGUCCUGACACUAGGCUCGACCGAGGAACGAGCUUUGACACAAAUUCAGGACAAAAUUAAAAGCUAUUUUGAUAUUUUCUAUUUCUUGAGUCCAGAUCAGUCGACUGCCUGUGGUUAUUUGUGGAGCGUGUGUCUAGCUGAAGGCUAUCCCCUGGAAUGGAAAGCAAUGGCCGAUUGGGUGGGAAGCCGAGGUGAAUUAGACCUCGAUCUUCGCUCCCUUUUGCUGAAUUUACAGUUCCUCUUGCAGUCUCAUCCGUUGCGGUUAAAGUUGAACUUUAAUCAAUUGCAGCUUAAGAAUGACGAAGAAGACAGCAAUAAUGGAAGUAGGAUUUGGAAACCUUCCAGCAAUUCCUCAGACUCCAGCCCAAUUCAGCUUAUUGAACUUCCUAUUUUCGGGAAACUCUGCGAGUGGCCCUACGCUUCUGCCCCGAGGUCUUCGCGGUUCACUUAUGAUGCGGAUUCCGAUUCUGUUCUUAUUGUCAAGAGGAAGACGAAGAAAAGGUUCUCACGAAUUCUCUCGAACGAUAGCCUUGUUGAUCCCGACAGUGCCGAAGAAACAAUACAAGUCGAUGAGACAUCAUCAUCAAAGAAGGAAGGAGCGAAUGGAGAUUUGACGCGCCUCGCUCGAUGCCUGGAAUUCCGCUCUGGCAAGGAACUGUUCAGUUCAUGUCUUGCCAGGGAUGAUUUAUCUUGGAACGACGAGAGUUUGUUGUAUGAAAUCCAGCAGUUUAUGUCUGAUCGAUGCAGUCAACUAAUGGAGAAAGAUUUGAGUCACAUGACGCAAACGUCUCCUCAAGACUUCUUGGCGGAAUUACAGUACGACAAAGUGACAAAGAGUGCAAAUCAAGUUGUACUUCAGUGCUCAAUACCAAGAAGUGUUUUGCUAAAUCGUCGCAGUCAUUCAGCCGACGUCCUGCCUUACCUCCGGUCGUUCGUGCGCUCCGAUUUAGAACGUUCCGUAGUUAAACGACGUCGCAAACAGCGUUCACGAAUGGAAGCUCCAACAAUUCGAUUGCCUACACUCGACUUGGUUCUUUCCACCACAUCUGCCAUUCGUCUGGCCAAUAACUUUUAAGCUGACGGUCAUGUGUUUUCCUUUGUAUAAACUUGAAGCGUAAUAGAUUUUACUAAUAAUUU